UCUCAGAGAAUUUUUUUCCAAGCCGAGGGGGACAGUAACUCUGCGAGAUUAAUGUGAGUGCAGAGCGUUUAGAGCACUAAAGCAGGAGCAGGUGUAAAGAAAGAGAGAGAGAGAGAGGAGCUGGAUAUAAAACAGUUUUUUUCAGACCUCCCACUGUUGGAGCCACCUGAUCCUGUAACCAAUGGCAACAGUCCAGGCGCUGCCUUUGACCCACGAUCUCAGCAAGAGCCUCAGUGCCAUUUACCCAGCAUCCUCCCUGGCAUCUUCUGACUGUGUCAUGGGUAGCGUGGGCAGUCUGAUCGAGAAGCACGACGUGUCAGCCCCCAGAGGAAACAAAGCCGUUCCUCAGGUCCCGCAGCGCCAGAACAACGGGCAGAACAGAAAGCACUUCAGCCAGAGAGAGUUGCUGAACUACCUGAACAUCACCAAGAAAGAGCAGAAAGCGGGCAAGCACAUCGUCUGCAGCAACUCGUCCAUCAAGAGGGAGCAUUCCAGAGAGGAGGAGAACCUCUACGCCAAGGUUUAUCAAAAAAACGGCAAAGAGGUGGACCUGGGGAAGAACUCGCUCCCAACAGGGGGCAAGUUUGACAAGCCUCGUUUAAGGUCGUCCGCCUUUAAGCCAGUGACGCCAAAGAGCUUUAGCUCCGUGCAGAACCUUUUCCCAUCUAAAUCUGAGGACCUGGUGAAUAACAAGCACACAUUCUAUUCCAAGAUGACAUCCAAAUCUCUAUCCACUUCCUCCUCGUCCUCUUCACCUUCGCGAGUGGGUACCAGUGCCAACAAAGGCGUCCUGGCAGUGCCCCAUGAAGAGGAGACAGCCUCGGAUUCAGGCCAUAACUCUAUGAGCAGCCUGCCACCAUACCGCCCUCCGUUCCGCCCCCAACUGGGGAACAUCAGCGCCUCCAUGGGUCAUAUUGAGCACAUCGGUUCCCUCGAGCGCACCUCCGCAGGCACAGUUGGCUUCGGUGGCCUUAGUAUGGCUGCCGAGUCGUAUGAGCUCUCGCACUCUUUGGAGGACGUGGUAAAGGACCUGGAGGAGCGACUACAGGAAAAAGAGCACGAACUGUGGCAGAUGAGGAGGAACCUGGAUGAGAGCGAGGAUGCGAUUGCACAGGUGUUUGAGGGAAAGCAGCGGCUUUGGAAGAAGGAGGUAUCUGAGCUAAAGCAGCUCUACACCACUAAGCUGCGUCAGGUAUCCCAGCAGUCCCAGCGCUCCCAGCGUGCCCUGCAGCUGCAGCUCUACAAGGCUCAGCACGAGUGCAGUCGAGUACAAGACGAACUGAACACAUUGCAGCGCAAAUACCAGAGCUUGCAAAAACAGGGGGGAGCCGGGCAAAGCCACGAGCUUCAACCACAGCUUGAGGAGAGCCAAUGGGAGGUGUGUCAGAAAGCAGGGGAGAUCUCCCUGCUGAAGCAGCAGCUCAAAGACUCCCAGGCCGAGGUGACCCAGAAGCUCAGUGAGAUCUUCCUGCUGAAGACGCAGCUGCGUGAGACGCGCCAAGAGCUCUGCACCAAAGACGGUCAAGUUGAAAUGCUGCAACUGGCCCUGCAGGCCGCGCGCCAGAAAUGUGCCCUGGGGAAGUCGGUGCAGAACCUGUCCACCCACCAGACUCCGGCUGAGGACAGCGGGGCGAGCGGCACAACAGAGGAGCGUCUCCGAGCUGAACUGCUGUUGGAGCGGCGUCAGAGCGAAGCCCAGGCUUCGGCCUUCGACGCAGAGCGUAGCACGUGGCAGCUGGAGAAGGAGAAGGUGCUUCGCUAUCAGAGAGAGCUGCAGGCCAGCUACCUGGAAAUGUUCCAUAAAAACGAAAUCCUGGAAAGAGAACUGCAGCAGCUCCGAGGAGGCGAAGGUGGAGGUGGAGCCGGUGCGGGCAGGUCUCCAGCCGAGCCCUCGGGUCUUCCCUGGAUUGAACGGAUUGAGUCUUCUGAAAUCUGAAAAUAUGUAUACGAUAUAUGUGUAUAUGUGAAUAACAGACUAAAUGUACAAAGCUAUAAGACUUUAAAAUAAGCCAAAGGAUAAAAGCAAUGCUUUUCUUGAUUUUCUUAAAAUGUUUCUAUGAAUGUAAAUGAAUCAGUUUUGAUUUGUGACCCAAUAUGAGAAUGAAUAUCCCACAACAUUGUGUGUUCCAGAUGGAUUCUGCUUUUUGAAAAAAGAUUUUGAUCUCAUUAACUUCUUGGAAGAAUUAAGACUUAAAACUUCCACUGACGCAAUGGUUUAUUAGAUACAUUGCACCAUACCGUAAAGUACCAUUAGAGUUGGGAUUGUUUUUCUCCAGAGGAGGUUUAAUGCACAUUUUGUGAUUUGAAAGUGAUUCACCUUGACAAACCAGUUGGAAUAACACGCAAUUUACCCCAUAUUCCCACCACCAACACGUCAUGUGGCAGAUGUCAACGAAUGAAUAAAACAUGAAUAAGCAUGA